CGACCUGCUCUGCUCCGGGAGAGAGAGGGGAGGGUCCGGGAGAAGCGGGCAUAAGAGGCUCGGAGCUGCCGCAGCCCAAGCUCUCACCUGCAGCCAGGCGCUCGGUCUUCGUCCCGUCCCAGCCAUGCCCUGGUUCUUUCUGGCGGCGUUGCUGGCCGCGCUGCUGCUGCUCCUGUUCCUGUCCCGCCGGCGAAUGCGGAAACCUGGUGAACCCCCUCUGGAUCAAGGCCUCAUUCCCUGGCUGGGCCAUGCCUCAGAGUUUGGCAAAGAUGCAGCUGGAUUCCUCUCCAGAAUGGAAAAGAAGCAUGGGGACAUCUUUACUGUGCUUGUGGCAGGGAGGUUUAUCACAGUACUCCUGGACCCUCACUCAUAUGACACAGUCGUCUGGGAAUCGAGCUCCAAACUGGACUUCCACAAAUACGCCAUCUUCCUCAUGGAGAAGAUUUUUGAUGUCCAGCUGACCAACUAUGAUCCUGGUUUGGAGAAAGCCAAGGUGAAACCGACCCUGCUUCACAAGAACCUGCAAGCUCUCACUGGUGCCAUGUUUAACAACCUUUGCAAUAUCCUGAAGGAUGCAGGGGACAUGAGCACAGAUUGGCAGGAAACAGGGCUGUUCCAGUUCUCCUACAAUGUGAUGCUCCGAGCCGGCUACCUGACACUGUUUGGCACUGAAGGUGAUGAUCCAGUUAGCCAAGCUCGAGAUCGGGCCCACUCUGCAAAAGUUUUCCAGGGUUUCUAUCAGCUAGACCAGCUUCUGAUGAAACUUGCCCGUAACUCUCUGUCAGGAGAGGAGAAGAAAAAAGCGUCCCUGAUAAAAGCCCAUCUUUGGAAGCUUCUUUCCCCACAAAGCCUGGUCGGCAGGGCCCACAGAAGUGCCUGGCUGGACAGCUACCAGCAGUAUCUGGAGGAACUGGGAGCUGGGGAGGAGAUGCAGGCUAGGGCCAUGUUGCUUCAACUCUGGGCCACUCAGGGCAAUGCUGGUCCUGCUGCCUUCUGGCUUCUGUUGUUCCUCCUGAAGACCCCUACUGCUCUUGCUGCUGUCAUUGGGGAAAUAGAAAGCACCCUCCAGAAGGAAGGGCAGUUGCUGACUGAGAUGCCCAGUAUUCCUCAAGAAGUCCUGGAUAGCAUGCCUAUUUUUGAUAGUGUAUUGAGUGAGAGCCUGAGACUGACAGCUGCUCCCUUCAUCACCCGAGAGGUAUUGGUGGACCUGGUGCUGCCCCUGGCAGAUGGACGAGAGUACAGUCUGCGGCAGGGUGACCGGCUCCUUCUCUUCCCCUUCCUUAGCCCUCAGAGGGACGCAGAAAUCUACGAAGACCCAGAGGAAUUCAAGUACAACCGAUUCCUGAACCAGGAUGGAAGUGAGAAACAAGAUUUCUACAAGGCUGGAAAGAGGCUCAAGAACUACAGCCUGCCUUGGGGAGCUGGGACUAACAUGUGUCUGGGAAGGAGUCAUGCAAUCAGCAGCAUAAAACAGUUUGUUAUUGUUUUGUUGAUGCAGUUUGACCUGAAAUUGAAAAAUCCAGAGGAAAAGAUCCCCAGCUUUGACACCAGCAGAUAUGGGUUUGGACUGAUGCAGCCAGAGCAUGAUAUCACCAUUUGCUAUAGACCUAAGUCCAGGGGAACGGCAAGCUCCACAGAACUCCCCUUCCCAGCACCUGGUGGAACUACAGAAACUUAAAAAAUGAAUGAUAAGGACAGAUUCAUUUGAACUGUCAUCUCACUUCUCUCUUCGUAGAUGAAAGGUUUGGCUUUUCUCUGCCCAACUUCUUCCUUUCUUCCACCAACAACCUUCCUAUUGGAAGAAAGAUUAUAUUCUGAUGUUUUGAAAUUCAGCUGCUCUUCAAGGACAGGGCACAGAAUGAUUCCUCUUGUGGUUCAUAAGUUUUGCUGAAUCAUAUAUCAGU